ACAAAACACCGCAAAAAAACAAUUAUAGAUUUUUUCCUCUUGGAAUUUAUUAUGAAGCAUUUUCUUAAAUAUUUUCCAACCAACAGCAAUGAAGAAGAUCUACGCAUAAAAACUUGUAUGGAUGAAAGUGUAUUUUGUAUAUGGGCAAUUUAGUGCAAUAGGAAAUCGUAGAAUUAAGAAGAAAAGACACAACAAAGAAAAUAUAGUGUAACGCAUAAAAGGCUCGAAGAAUGUCUUUCGAGAAAGUGCUGUACAAAUACGAAGAACCUCAUGGACCCGGAGAUGUGUAUUUUAUAUGGCAAAAGGGCUCGCAAGGAGCUCUAUUGGCCACAACAGGAUCUGAUGGUACGGUAGCGGUUUUCAAUAGACAGGGACAAAUGUUGGAGCGAAUAAUGCUGCCAGGUUUGUGCUCUGGUUUUGCCUGGGACAAUGAAGGCGAAAUUUUGGGCAUAAUUACUGCCUCUUCUCCGGUCAUAACACUAUGGAAUGCCACAACUCAACAGAAACAUUCCGUAGAAUCUGGUUUAAGAGACCCCUUGUCUUGUAUUAUAUGGUCGAAACAGGAACAAAUCAUGGCUGUUGGCACUGCCAGAGGUAAUUUGGCCAUUUAUAAUCAUAAAUCAAACAAAAGAAUUCCUGUAUUGGGUAAACAUUCCAAGCGCAUUAAUUGUGGAGCCUGGUCAGCACAAAACCUUUUAGCUCUGGGCUCGGAUGACAAAACAUUUUCGCUGAGCAAUGAAGAGGGUGAUUCCAUGAGAGUUGUACAGCUAAGAGAUGUACCCAGUGACAUGUAUUUUGCUGAGAUGGCCAAUGAGGAUCGAAUAAAUGGCGACAACGCCAUUAGCAUGAUUAUAGGCAAACGUACCUUGUAUUUAUAUUAUUUACCGGAACCGGAUACGCCCACAGAAUUGGGUUUUCAAAGUCGUUAUGGCUCGCUGCUGCAACACAAAUGGUUUGGUGAUGGCUAUAUACUGUUGGGUUUCUCCAAUGGUCAUGUCGUGGCCAUCUCUACACAUCCCAAAGAUAUUGGCCAAGAAUUAUGGCAAGUGAAAAAUCACAAAGAGUUGCUUACAGGUCUGGCUUAUUGUCCAUCUUUGGAAAUUGUGGCCUCUUGUGGUGAUGACAACAUUAAAAUUCAUUCUAUUACAAAUUUACAUGAGACGGAAAAAAUUAUUAACGUACCCGAUCAUUCGGGAGUACAAAUGAUUGAUUGGUCUGCCGAUGGCCAAUUAAUGUCGGUUACCACUAUGACUGGCUCAGUAUUCAUUUAUGUUACUAAGCUGCCUAGCCUGUAUGCAGUAUCGGCACCUAGAAUUGCUAUUUUAAGCAGUUUAGCGGAAGUUUCGAUUUAUGUUUAUUCACCCGAUAAGUCUAAACCACUGCCCUAUCGUCAAACUCUGGAAACCGAACCAAAUGUUCUUGCAAUUGGUCCAUAUCAUCUGGCAUCUUGUGUCGACCGUCAUGUGUGGUUUUAUGAUUUGGGUAAAAGUUUAGGAGAUCAACCCGAACCAUUGAGCGAAAGAGAUUUUUCACAAACCGUAGAAGACAUUAAACUAAAUGCGGAUUAUUGUGCCGUAUUAUGCCCACCACAAUUAAUGUUGCAAGCGAUUGUAACGGACAAUCCCAACGUAAAAGACAAAUUAAUGCAAAUGUUUCCCAAUGCAGUUCCAACAUUAAAUGAUGCUGUUAUAACAUGCUUUGGACUGACGCAGGAAUAUCUAAUAUUUGCCACAGAUAUUGGUCAUUUGGUGUAUUUCUCGCUGGAGAAAUGGGAGAUCUGCACAAUGUAUCGCCAUAAUAUGGGUCUGACAAAAAUGUUCACCGACAACGAGGGCACAAAAUUAAUAUUCAUAGAUGAUCAUGGCCAGGGUUAUGUUUUCUUGCCCGCUUUGGAGGAAGCUAUUCUAAUUGCAGAUUUUCCCAAGAACUGUUUGGUUUGUUUGUGGGAUUUGGCCCAGCCCAAUCAUUUUAUCAGUUACGAUGGCAAAUUGGUUUAUACUCAUGUGUUUGUGCGCUACUCAGUUUAUGGCAGACACACUUUAAAGGCGGGCGAAACAAAAUUAAAUGCAUCCCAAAUACCUGUAAUGUUAUGCGAAGGUGAAAUGGUUUUACACAUUGAUGGUGGCCAAUAUGCUACACAGUCUUUGGCCACCCAUUUGGUGUUGCCCGGCACUAGUCAAAAUGGUAAUCUUAAGAACUUUCUGAACUUACGGAAAUACUCAGAGGCUUUUAAGAUAUGCGAAAGAAUCAAUUUGAAAGGAUCUUGGCUGGAAUUUGCCGAACAGGCUUUGGCGGAUCUGGAACCCACAAUAGCUUUAAGAGCUUUUCGCAAAAUAGGUGAUGUUGCCAUGGUCAAUGUGUUGGAAGAUAUACGCUACUUAGAGGAUGUCUAUUUAAUAAGUGGUUUUUGUUGUCUCUUGCUGCAGAAAUACGAAGAAGCCAAAGAAUUUUUCUUAAAAGGCUCCUAUACCAAAGAUGCCCUGGAUAUAUGCCGCGAUCUAUUGCAAUGGGAACAGGCUUUGUUGUUGGCUCAUAAAUACGAACCCAAUGAAGUGCCAUUUAUAGCACGUGAAUAUGCUCAACAGCUGGAAUUUAAUGGCAAUUACGCAGAUGCCUUAUAUCACUACGAAAAAGGCUAUAAAGAAGAUUUGAUAGAUAAUACCGAAAUACAGCAAUUAGUUAAUAGCUCACCGGAGUAUGAAGAGCAUGUGCGUCUGUGUAAAAUGGGCAUUGCCAGGACAUCCAUACGAGCUGGAGAUUUUAGAAGAGGAAUUCAAUAUGCCGUGGAACUGAAUGACAAACAGUUGCUGUAUGAUUGUGCUGAACUUUUAGCCACUGUGGGUCACAUAACUGAGGCGGCUGGUCUCUAUGAACGCGGGGAAUUUUACGAUGAGGCUUGUUCUCAUUACAUUUCGUUGAAAAUGUGGAAUAAGGCCAAUCAAAUUUUACCAAAUGUAAAAUCUACCAAAUUACAUGCUUUAUAUGCAAAAGCCAAAGAAUCGGAUGGUCAAUUUGAAGAGGCUAUAAAUAGUUAUCGCAUAGCUGGCGAUUUGGAUGCCUGUGUGCGGAUUUAUCUCGAUCAUUUGUCUGAUCCUCAUGCGGCAUCAGAAAUUGUCUUAGAAUCACGUUCCAUGGAAAGUGCCAAACUGUUGGCCAAGUUUUAUCAGAAAAUCGGUGAUAUAGAACAGGCUUUACAAUUUUUGGUCUUGUGUGGCUGUGUGGAAGAGGCUUUCUCGCUGGCCCAGCGUCACAAUAAACUCAAGAGACAUGGUGAGCUGUUGGAGCGUUAUGAAAAUGCUAAAUCUAGUGAUUAUUUGGCAUUGGCUCAGUAUUUUGAAGGUGAAAAGUAUACGCUGCUAGCGGGAAAGUAUUAUUUUUUGGCCCGCGAAUUUACAAAGGCAUUAAGAUUUCUGUUAAAGGCUUCCGCCUUUAGUAAUGAAGAAUCUCAGGCCUUGUCCAUGGCCAUUGACUGUGUGGCCACUUCGAAUAAUGAGCAAUUGGCUACACAGUUAAUAGAGUUUUUAUUGGGCGAAGUGGAUGGUUCUCCCAAAGAUCCGCGCUAUUUAUUUAGGCUGUAUAUGGCUCGUAGGCACUAUAAAGAUGCAGCCAAGACGGCCGUUAUCAUAGCCAAUCAGGAACAAUUGUCUGGAAACUAUAAAGCCGCCAGAGAUUUAUUAUAUUCCAUGUACCAAGAACUAAGGCGUAACAAUCUGUCGGUAACCGCCGAAAUGAGACAUAAUUUGAUAUUAUUACAUCGUUAUACACUGGUGAGGAUACAUGUAAAGCUGGGUAAUCAUUUGAUGGCUGCUAAGCUACUGGUGCAAGUUGCCGCCAAUAUAUCACAAUUUCCAUUGCAUAUCGUUCCCAUAUUAACCUCCACCGUUAUCGAAUGCCAUCGUUCAGGUUUAAAAAAAUCAGCCUUUAUGUAUGCCUCCAUGUUAAUGCGUCCCGAGUAUCGCAAUAGUCUUGAUGCCCGUUACUCGAAAAAGAUUGAAUCGAUUGUGCGCAAGGCUCCCAAAGGUAUUAAAAACUUCCGUGAUGAAAUCGAUGAUGAGACCAUGGAAUGUCCUAUUUGUGAUACAAAUCUGCCCAAUAUGGAGGUUACUUGUUAUAGUUGUAAGACAACCCUACCCAUAUGCAUUGCCACCGGCCAGCAUAUAAUCAAACAACAUAUGACUUCUUGUCCUUCGUGUGAUUUUCCCUGUUUUAGGGCAGAAAUGGAAAAUAUUUUGUCUGAGCUUAAUGAGUGCCCGAUGUGUGAAGAAAAUGUGGAUCCCCAAAAUCUUCUUGAUGUUGAGGAUAUACGCCCCUACAUUUUGGCAUCUUCUUAGUGAAAUUAAUGUCAAUUUUUAUCUCAAUUUUUAGAAUUUAAGUAUUUAUUAUAUUUUGCGCGUAUUUCUUUGUUUAAGCUAAUUCAAUUGACACCAAAUAUAAUUUAAGUAUAGCAAUUUUACUUUAA